AUGAAGCGAAUUGAAGACAAGAAUAGCAGACAAGUGACAUUUUCUAAGCAGAGAUCAGGGUUAAACAAGAAAGCGCAACAACUUUCCGUUCUCUGCGAUGCUACUGUCGUCGUCGUCUUCUCCUCCAAUAGCAAGCUUUAUGAAUACGGUAGUCCAGCUAUUAAAGCUCAUAAGGCUAACAAAAGAAAGAACACGGGUUGUGCACAGAAGUUGAUAUACGGGAUUAGCUUCGUUGUAUAUUCCUUGGAUUUAACUAAAAAAACUAGAGGUUCCUUCUCCGAUAUGGAACCUGCGGUGUCCGGACUCGUUGGUUCAGAGAUUCAUGGCUUCAAAACCAUGGAAGAUUUGGAUGUGCCCAACAUGAUGGAGGAAGCAAAGACAAGAUGGCUUCGUCCAAAUGAGAUUCAUGCAGUACUUUAUAACCACAAGCAUUUCAGCAUCAGUGUUAAACCGGUUAAUUUGCCUUCAAGUGGCACUAUCGUCCUAUUUGACCGGAAGAUGCUCAGAAAUUUCCGGAAAGAUGGGCAUAACUGGAAAAAGAAAAAAGAUGGAAAAACUGUAAAAGAAGCUCAUGAACACUUGAAGGUUGGAAACAAUGAAAGAAUUCAUGUCUAUUAUGCACAUGGCGAAGACCGGUCAACCUUUGUUCGUAGAUGUUACUGGCUUCUUGAUAAGAAGCUGGAACAUAUUGUACUUGUUCAUUAUCGUGACACUCAAGAGUUGCAAGGGUCUCCAGGGUUGACUGUUGACUCCAAUUCUAGCUCGGACCCACCUACUUCAUCAAAUCUUUCAGAAGAAAUUGAUGGGGUUGAUCAGGUGUACUUUACUGAGCCUAAUGAGACAGCAAUAAAUCAUGAGAUGAGAAUUCAUGAAAUCAAUACCCUGGAAUGGGAUGAGCUUGUGAUUCCAACUUCCGAUAAGUUGAGUGGAUCUGAAGGAGGAAAUGUUGCACAACUUGAUCAAACUAACCAAUAUAUAUCAAACGGAUCAUUUGACAAUGUAAGUAGACAAAAUGCUCAAAUUGCAAAUUUAGGCAUUGAUGUCUUAAACACAAUGCACAAAGAUGGAUUACCAACACAAGAAAGUUUUGGAAGAUGGAUGAAUUACAUCAUCACAGAUUCUCCUGGAUCAAUAGAUGAUCCACUUCAACAUCCAUUAUCACCUUUCAAUGGUGAUCACAAUGAACUUAAUUCCACUGAUAAAAUUUUCAACAUAACUGAUGUCUCCCCUUCAUGGGCUCUAACAACUGAAGAAACAAAGAUUUUAGUGGUUGGAGAUUUUAACAAAAAGUAUAUCCACCUAAUGAACUCGAAUAUAUUUUGUGUAUGUGGGGAUGUUUUUGUUCAAUUAGAAUUUGUUCAAUCCGGAGUUUUCCGAUGUAUGAUUCCUCCACAAAACCCCGGAAUCGUGAAUCUAUUCCUGAGUUCUGAUUGCCACAACCCCAUCAGUCAGGUGAUGGAAUUCGAAUUCCGUCCUCCUCCUCCUCCUCCCACCACUAAUCUACCGACACCUGUCAACGAGAAGCCAGACUGGCAAGAACUCGAAAUCAAUAUGAGACUAGCUCAUUUGCUUUUCUCCACAUCCAAGAGUCUAGAAAUCUUAUCGAGUAAAAUACCACAGAAGACUUUGAAGGACGCGAUAAUAUUCGCUCAAAAAACACGACAUAUUGUGAAUAGUUGGGAUUUUUUGGUGAAGGCAAUUAUGGAAAAAAGAGUACCUUUUGAACGAGCGAGAAAUAGCUUAAUGGAGCUCACAUUGCAAAAUAGAUUACUUGAGUGGCUUUUGGAAAGAGUGUUGGAAGGUGGGAAGAUUCCUGUUCGUGAUGAUGAAGGAUUAGGAAUUAUUCAUUUGUGUGCAAUUUUGGAUUAUAAUUGGGCGAUUUACCCGUAUUCGUGGUCUGGGUUAUCCUUAGAUUUUCGUGAUAAAUUUGGAUGGACUGCUCUUCAUUGGGCUGCACACCAUGGGAGGCAAAGGAUGGUGGCAUCUCUUCUCUCGGCAGGGGCAAACCCUAAUUUAGUAACUGACCCAACUUCAGAAAACCCGAGUGGAUACACACCUGCUGACCUGGCAUCCAAAAAUGGGUACGAAGGAUUAGCUGCAUAUCUAGCUGAAAAGGCACUCGUAGCACAUUUUGAGGCCAUGACAUUAGCCGGAAACGUUAGCGGCUCACUACAAAGCACAUUCCCAGCUAAUGAACCUGUUGUCCCAGACACGUCAUCAAUCCACGUCAGCGAGGAGGAGCAGUAUCUGAAAGACACCCUGGCGGCCUACCGAACAGCUGCGGAUGCUGCCGCCCGUAUACAGGCGGCAUUUAGGGAGCAGUCGUUUAAACUCAAGACAAAAGAAGUGGAAGUUUCCAAUCCGGAAGACGAAGCGCGGUGUAUUAUAGCCGCCAUGAGGAUCCAACACGCCUUCCGUAACCAUGAAUCGAAAAAACAAAUGGCGGCUGCUGUACGGAUACAGUAUAGGUUCCGUACUUGGAAGAUACGAAAAGAUUUCUUAAAUAAACGUCGUCAAGCCAUAAGAAUUCAAGCAAUUUUUCGGGGUCAUCAAGUGAGAAGACAGUACACGAAGAUAGUGUGGUCGGUCGGAGUGCUUGAGAAAGCGAUAUUGCGUUGGCGAUUGAAGCGAAAAGGGUUUCGGGGUCUUCAAGUGGAUGCUGAUAAAGAUGAGAAGCAGGAGAAUGUUGAUGGGGAAGAAGGAUUUUUCCAUGCAAGUAGGAAGCAAGCUGAAGAGCGUGUUGAGAGAUCGGUUGUUAGGGUUCAAGCCAUGUUCAGAUCAAAACUAGCUCAAGAAGAAUACAGAAAAAUGAAGCUACAACACAUCCAAGCAUCCAUUGAGUAUAAUGAGAGCUUUGACCCUCCAACUGACAUGGAGAAAUAGAAGAUGUUGGUGUUUGUGUUUUGACUGUUGUAAAUGCAUAAAGUAUGAGGCAAGUUGUGUCUGCUCGUCUGUCUGUAUUUUUAUGAGAAAGAGGGCACGAUGGUUUUGAGUUAAUGGUUUGUGUUAAUGGUUUGUGAUAUUAGAAAAAAUGGGAAUGGAAACGAGGAGUUGAUGCUAUUAUAGUAUUAUUGUUUAGUAAAGUAAUAAUAAGGUGAAUGA